AUGUCCAACAGCAGCUGCAUCAGGCACUUCCUCCUGCUGGCAUUGGCAGACACACGGCAGCUGCAGCUCCUGCACUUCUGCCUCUUGCUGGGCAUCUCCCUGGCUGCCCUCCUGGGCAACGGCCUCAUCAUCAGCGCCGUAGCCUGCGGCCAUCACCUGCACACGCCCAUGUUCUUCUUCCUGAUCAACCUGGCCCUCAGCGACCUGGGCUCCAUCUGCACCACUGUCCCCAAAGCCAUGCACAAUUCCCUCUGGGACACCAGCACCAUCUCCUACUCAGGAUGUGCUGCCCAGGUUUUCUUCUUCCUUUUCUUUAUCAUAGCAGAAUUUUCCCUCUUGACCGUCAUGUGCUAUGACCGCUACGUGUCCAUCUGCAAACCCCUGCACUACGGGACCCUCCUGAGCAGCAGAGCUUGUGCCCACAUGGCAGCAGCUGCCUGGGCCAGUGCCCUUCUCAAUGCUCUGCUGCAAACAGCCAAUACAUUUUCCCUGCCCCUGUGCCAUGGCAAUGCCCUGGACCAGUUCUUCUGUGAGGUGCCCCAGAUCUUCAAGCUGUCCUGCUCACAGUCCACAUUCAGAAAAAUUUGGAUUUCAUUGUUUGUUACCUGUUUAGCUUUUGGUUGUUUUGUGUUCAUGGUUUUCUCCUAUGUGCAGAUCUUCAGGGCUGUGCUGAGGAUCCCCUCUGAGCAGGGACGGCACAAAGCCUUUUCCACCUGCCUCCCUCACCUGGCCGUGCUCUCCCUCUUCCUCAGCACUGGCAUAUUUGCCUACCUGAAACCCUACUCCAUCUCCUCCCCAUCCCUUUAUCUGGCCCUGUCAGUUCUGUACUCAGUGGUGCCUCCAGCCCUGAACCCCCUCAUCUACAGCCUGAGGAACCACGAGCUAAAGGUGGCAGUUUGGAAACUGAUGACUAGAUGGUGGCGAUCCCGCUGGGUCAGGUCUCGGCACCGCCGCUCCCACCGGAGCCAGCUGCGGUACCUCUUCCUCCACGUUAACAAGCGGCGAUGGCGACUCCACUCCCAUGUGAGCAGCCGCUGCCACUGA